AUGGCCGAUAGCGUGGUGACACAAGCCUUCUCUCUUGUGGGAUGGGCAUUCCUCCCUGCCUACGCUACAGCCUUCCUGCAGUCGAUAUACUAUCGUCUGACCAUUCGCGCUGGACAACCACACCCGCGGCCCGGUGAACCCAUAUUUGCCUACCAUAACCGCCGCAUACGCGUCUUGGUUUUGUCGCUCUACCUCAUAUACACCCUCUCUCAAGCCCUCUAUGACAUUAGACUCGCUGGAGACUUCUAUACCCUACUUGGAGUCACGCCGUGGUCGACAGAGCGGGAAGUCAAGAGUCGUUUCAGGAAGUUGGCGGCGAAAUAUCACCCGGACAAGUUGCAUGAGAAUGGUCAACCUUUUCCAGGGGCCGAUGGACUGUUCGUCCGAUUCAAACUGGCGCACGACACUAUCUUGGAUCCUGCAAAACGGUUCGCGUACGAUCGGUUCGGACCCGUCAUCGUUCAAGUCCAGCAUCCGGGGCUCAAAACGAUCCGAGACUAUGUGUAUGCUGGCCUUCGCUCAAAGGCUCCUGAAUAUUUGUCCAAUGCCGGGCUGCUUAUUUUGCUCAACUACAUAUGGCUGCCGAAAUGGGGACAAUUCUGGCGCUAUUUUGCGGUUGCCUGUAUGGCGUUUCUGGAGCUGUACUUCCUUACACACAUCUGGCAACCUCCGAGACUUGUGGCACUAUGGGUGUCGACGGCUCAGAGGCUCUUGCCAGAUCUCCUUCCACCACAUCUUCUUCCGUUCCAAAUUCUAGGCCUUGCCAGACGGAUGUCCAUGUCUGUCAAUAUUUUUAUCUCCCAACUCGCUCCUCCCAAGGCGCGGGAUCCGGCUAUGAGAGACCUGCAGACGCAGCAGCAGAUUGCACACUUGGCUCAGGCGGCGGGUAGAUUGGAUGCAGAGUCGGGAGGAUUGCUUCAAUUGGGAUUGAGUCCGUUUAAGGGAGAUGCAGAGAAGUCAGAUCAUCUGAGGGUGUCAGUGGCCGGAUUGGAGACCAAUGGAGACCAAUUUGGAGUGACAGUGAAAGACGAGGCUGGACCAAUCGUCCCCUCGAUCGCAGCCGCGGCGAUCAAGGGCCACCUUGGAACUUGGGAAAAACGAGCGAACGGAACCUUUUCUCCACCAUCCCAACGCGACUUGGUGCCAGGCCAGGGCUGGGCUGCUCAGAAUCCCGAUUAUCGCGAGAGACCUCGACCACUUCCACCUCAGACUCCCCUCAUCCUCACCUGCGACUCCUGCUUCUCGAGCCCUUGCGGUCCUCCCCUCAAGAUCUUGCACCAUGCUCAGCGCAAUAUGUCGUCGCCCUUCAAUAACACCUCGGCCCGCUUUAGAUCAUUUUGCGCCACAAACGAUGAUCUUCUCACCCUCCCAAGCUUGGACGACGCGCGCCGAGACCACAUUCCGGACAACGUUAACACCACCGUUAUGACCCCGUCCAAUGACUCUCGUCCCCCAAGUAGCGAUGGGAAAUUACGGUGUUGCUGUGGGCGGACAGAAUGUGCCUUUCUGGAGAACAACAACACUAUCCUGGGCGGCAUCGAGAGAGAUCUCGAGACCGCCGCAAGAUUGGGUCAGGCUGCGGCCGAAGAGAUGGAUUUCUUUAUGCCCUCAUCAGUUGGGUGUAGAGCCGCCGCAGGCGAGAGAAUGAAGACGAGCAGUGGGCUAACGUUUGCUCUUCAGGCACUUCUUAGCCGCCAUGAAUCCUACGUCUCCGACUCGGAACACGAGCACCAGCGGCUAACGGCCUAUAUCAACGAACUGGAGAACGAAAGGGCCACUUUGCAGACUGCAAACGACAAGAUUGUGGAGGAAAAUCGGCAACUCUUGACCCAGCUCGAAUCGGCCAAUACGUCUCUCAAGGAGAGCGACAACCAUGUCAAGAGCCUCGAAGCGCUCCUCCGUGACUGUGAAGUCGAGGUUAGAAGAUUAAACGGUCUCAGUCGGCGUACAGAGGAGUUGGAGCUGAAAAUACUUGAGAUGGAGAGGGAACGAAUGACAAUGGCCCAACAGGCAGAUGAUGCGAGAGGGGAAAUCCGGAGCACGAUCAAGCGGUGGAGAGAGAGCGAGAUCAAAGUGCGCCAACUCGAGCAUGAUGUUCAACGAAUCGAGUGGGAUGCAAAGGAGGACAGAGAGCGCUACGAAGAGAUCAUUGCGAGGCUCGAACGUGAACGUGUCUUGGAGAGGGAACUCGGGGGUGCGGAAGGUCGACUGAAAUCCGCUGCUGCGUUUCGCGGUCUCAACGCCAACGAGAAGAACAGCAAUGUGGUCGGCCACUUUGUGCGGGACAUCCUCCAAGACAACGCCAAUCUGCAGGCUGGUAUUGUUGAGCUAAAGGAGCUGCUUCAAGCGUCGAACGAGGAGGUGCAGAAUCUGAGAGAGCAGAUCCUGGAGCACCAGCCUGUAGACGACGGCAAUCCUGGGGCCAUCUCCACAUCAGUACCUUUGAGCGACCAACUAGGCUGGUCACAGCCCUCCGCGAGUGUGCAACAAUCCGUUCAUGUCCACCACCACUAUCACGCCAAACUUGCGAAGCGAGAUCGGGCUCCGACGAUUCGAAGGCCAUCUCGCAAAAGGACAGCGCUGGGUCUGGGUUUUCUUCCAUCCACGCCAGAGUCUUCUGCACCUACAACACCCAUGGCCGGUCCAUAUCGAGUCGUUUCCAGCCCGGUGUUGCCCAUCGCUCUCCAUCAGCCACAAGCCAUGAGAAAGCGAUGGUCUCUACAGUCCGCUGCAACCAGCUCAUCUGUAAUGUCGAGUUUCCCAAGUUCUCCGCGAUCGUAUCUAGAGCAAUCCAGCUCCAUUUUCGACCGAAUUGAAGCCGGCGAAGAGUCCUCCAGGCCUACGAGUCCCGAGUCGACUGGCGGUUUCAUAUCUCCCCAGCUCAAGUCUGCAUCUGAUUACGAUGAGAGAACAAAAGACCUACUGGCAGAAGAGGAUUUCCACGAUGACGCCACCGAAGUGUUUCCAGAGGACGAAAACACGGACGUGAAAGGUGAUGCUGACCUCCGCCAUGGAGAAGAGGUCAAAGAGUCAUCGUCUCGUGAUUUGACGCCCAAGCCCUCCCAACUUCUUGUCGGUGCUGAACUAGUGGACAACACAAUCCAGCCAGAGCCGCCAGAUAUACUCAUUGAAGGGGAAGCGGUGGCGAAUGUGUCAGACGAACCAACAGAAGAAGCAGAAAACAACACUCUGUCUCAGCCCACGACUCCAUAUAAACACGACGCGACCUCUAACCCUACCACACAACCCGUCCUUCGACGUACAUCCUCACACGACUCGCUAGUGUCAAUAUCUGGCAUGGAUAUACAUAUUGCUAAACGUCCGAGUUCUUCCAAAUCCCAGUCAUCGAGUGUCCUAAGGGGAAACAAGGCAUACUUUGCUCUGUCGCCGUCUGCGACUCGAAGGAUCGUUUCUGCACAGCCAUUGACUACCGUCACGGAAUACACGGCAUUGAGCUCUACGAUAUCAUUGGGCACAGAUUGGCCAGCCAACGUGUCAAUUGGAAAUCAGGUGCCACAACGGAGUGUCAGCUCGAGCGUCGCCGCAUUGAGCGGCUUGGCAGAUCUACCACCCUCCCAGUCAGAAAACCGACAAUCUUCAUCCUCGGGAUUUGGGCGUCUUCUCGGUGGAUGGGUGAGAGGCAAAUGGGGUGCUGCGCCCGUAAAGACCGAUGUCGACUUGCCUUCCCCGACCGCUUCAGUCACCACAUCGUCUUCGAGUGAAACCCAUGUACAAGCAUCGUUGCUUUCGUCGUACAUGGGCGGAAGGCCUCCUGGCAUCAAUCAGAAAGGACCUAUACCGGGGUUCAAGCCGGCGCCGAAGAUCGUGGGUGUACAGGUAACGAUGGUUGAUGAAGAGGGCCUGAAGGCGAGUUUGGCAGAAGGAUUAUGA